ACUGAAAAAGAGAAAGACCACAUUUUUAUGCAGAAAACAGUGAGGAUCCAAGGUGGGGUUUGCUUUGUUGAGUUGAGUUCUCAAAAGGGUUGUUGGAAACCACAGAGGGAGAAUGGCUCAGACACAGGGUGAUUUGGAUGAGGGUAUUGACUACAUGUUCAAGAUUGUUAUGAUUGGGGACUCUGGGGUUGGAAAGUCUCAGCUUUUGAAUCGGUUUGUCAAAAAUGAAUUCCACAUGAAAUCCAAAGCCACAAUUGGGGUUGAAUUUCUGACCAAGACGGUUGUCAUGGAUCACAAACUAGUCAAGGCACAGAUUUGGGACACUGCUGGUCAAGAAAGGUACCAGGCAAUUACAACUGCAUAUUAUAGAGGUGCAACUGGUGCAUUACUAGCAUAUGACAUAACCAAGCGUCAAUCCUUUGAACAUGUUGAAAAGUGGCUGGAUGAGCUACGGAUGCAUGCAGAUAAAAAUAUAAUUGUGAUGCUUGUUGGCAACAAAUCUGACCUGAGUUCUAGCCGAGCAGUGCCUAUUGAAGAAGCCAAAGACUUCGCCAAGCAGGAGCAUCUCUUCUUCAUGGAGACAUCAGCACUUGACUCCAACAAUGUAGAAUCAGCAUUCCUUGGUCUCCUCUCACAAGUAUAUAGAACAGUGAGUAAGAAGCACAUGAUUGCUGAUGGACCUGAAUCAAAUUGGGAUAAAGUAAACCUUGAACUUGAAGGAACAAAAAUUAAGGUCCCAUUGCAAGAACCUGAAUGCCUAAAAGCUAAAAGGAGAUUCAAUUGUUGCAGUAUUUUUUAGAAUUUCUUUUCUCCUAGAGCCACCUUUAUCUUAGGCGAUUGUUGCUGGGCAAAUUUUCGCCUUUAAAGUUUCUUGUUACUUUGAUUGACAUUGAUAUGAAAUCAGACACCAACUCAAGACUGAUAUGAAGAAUUU